AAGGGAAAUAUGGCGUGAAAGAUUUGACUCAGAAGAUGGAAACAUGCCCUGAAAACUUUGGAGUAAACAUUAAAGAAGAGAUAGUUGAUGCUCCUCCUCCGGUAGUGAUAAAGCCUGAACCUUGUAGUCCUGAACAAUGUUCACGUGUUCACCCCCCUGCUACCUCAACCACUCUCCCUGAGACUCAGAACUCAUCUCGACCUGUUGGCAGGUUCAAUCCUUCUAAAGUAGCCAGGAACUUGAACAAGACUGUCGAUCUAACCAGCUAUCAGUAUGGACUGUACUCGUUCUUUGCAGAGGGGAAUGAUACUAGAGAGUUUGAUGCACCCCACUUUGACCCGCACUAUGGGGAGACAGACAUGAAGGAUCCGGGCCUGCUGGCACGAGCUAAGAGAUAUUUUGAAAGUUUGAGACAAGAGCAGUGUGAGGAUAUGGAUGAGUUCCACAUGAGAGAGCAGAGCACCAGUUCAACGCGAGAACAUCGUCCCAUGUACCAACGCAAGAGAAAGAAAAUGCAAAGUCUUGUGGUUCUUGUGCCGAAGAUCCGGAUAAGUCACAACAUCCAGGAGUUUCUGAGAAAAAGGUAUCCUCCCGACAGUAAUCGAGCUGCCAGAUGGGCCGCCAGAAAAAAGUGUAGAAGUACAAGUCCCGAUGCUACCCUGCAGGAGGAGAAGCUCCAAGAAUUCAUGACUCAGUUUCAGUCUGGUACCUCGCACGGGAUAUCACGACCAUACUCACAAUCCUCGGUGCUUUGA